UGAACACUUUGCUAAGAGAAUCAGAAAAACAUGAAGGCACUUACUAUUCUUUGGGUACUUUGCUUCGCUAUAUUUUUCAGCGGAGCGAACUCAACCAAAAUAACUUUCAAUGUUGGAAAACAGGCUUAUUACCGAAAACCAGAGUUCGGCUAUCUUAACUUCCUUUUUCACCCAAACAGUACAUUAGAAGUAGACGACACACGCCAGUUCCACGCCCAGAACUAUAAACAAUGUCUUCUUGCUUGUGCCAGUAACCUGACUUGUUUAUCCAUCAACUUUGGAAAAAAGCCAAUUUUCUUUUACCAAGGGAAAGCCCAGUACCUCUGUGAGAUGUUGCCGACUGAUAAAUACAACUCUUCGUCCAAGUUUCAAAGUCCGAAUUCAGAUUUUAAUCACUACAGCAUCAGGUCCGAAUGCAGCAAGUCUCCCUGUCUUCACAAUUUUACUUGCAUUCCUAACUAUGAUAACGACACCUAUGAAUGUUUGUGCCCAAGACCUCCUUACGAAGGCAAGUAUUGCAAAGAUGUCGAUGAAUGCACCACAGGACAGCAUGACUGCAGUGGCAAUGCUAAUUGUACCAACACCAUUGGCUCGUUCAACUGCACGUGCAAAGAUGGUUACGUUGGAAACGGAAGAAACUGUACAGAGAUUACGAUUGCGUUGGAAUCAGACAUGCUCAGGGAUUAUGGCAAUUAUAGUUAUCAUGCCGCUUUAAAGACUUUCAUGGAUGAAGUACCCGAAGAUGUCGUGAACACCCGAUGGACAAGAUGCUGGUCGGGCAAGAACGACGGCUUUGAUGUGACAAGAACCUUCCAUCCUCAAUGUGACGGUAAAGGAGCUACGGUUACCUUAGUAAGGAAGAACCAGUACAUAUGGGGUGGAUACACAGAUGUGCCAUGGUCGUCUCCAAGUACCAAUACUUUCUACAAUUCUACAAAGUCAUUCAUAUUCACUUUAUUCAACAUCCGUGGCUUCAAUCCUCAGAAAUUUAACAUAAUAAAAACCAACAUAGCUGUAUACCAUCAUCAUCAUAACUAUGGACCAGCGUUUGGAGGUUUAAAAGACCUCAAAAUACACACUCAUGCCUCGACAAUGAAAUAUAAUAUUAAUAAACCAUACGCUUAUGCCAUUCCUCCUGGCUGUGCAUAUAAUCAAUAUUGUAACUUCUUUACAGGCAUUGAAGAUUUAUAUACCAUCGAUGACAUUGAAGUGUUUUAUAAGAACACAAUGUAACAAUAAGAUGCGUUCAAUUAGUCUUGCGUAUUCACCAUUCCGAGGUUGAGGAAAAAAGCUUGUUCUCAUUGGCAUCACAGUGUAUUUUAGGGAUCUUUUAGCUGACAAAAUAAACGCUAUCGAAAUAUUUUCUCCCAAAACAGAACCACAGUGCACUAUAAAAACCAACUCUACUCCAUUUUUCCCUCAUCCUCGAAAUGACUAAUUGGAAAUUGGUUUCCCAGUCAGCAGAUUUUAGACUUUACGGUAUAGAAAGAUUGGGGAUUACAGAGAAUGUGUGGUUGGGGUGCCUGGACUAGACAUGUACCCAAGCCAUGCAUUCUUUGUAAAUAUUUUAGAUUUUUGAAGGCUUUUAACUAUUUUUCAUGUUUAACGCAAACACGUACGUUCAAAUUUGUAAUAAUCACUAUCACGUGAUCAUAAGAUGCAUGCUUUCUCAGACGACAACACAAUUAGCUCGACGAAUUGACUGAAACUUUUGGUGGUCAUAGUGCACUAUAACCAACAUAAGUUUCACUAUGAGCUAGUUCUCACAGAGAUUUUCUCUAUUUGAUGAAUUAACUUUUUAUAAGGAUCCUCGAUUGACUACAUCAUUUCGUGAUUUCUAUAUUGAAUAUCUUGGCAACGAAAAGAGAUAUCAUAAAGAAAGGAAAAGCCGUUCUUAUUUAUUCUAUAAGAGCAUUAAAAUCAGGAAAAAAUCCUGUAGGCUUGAUAGGCACUUUAAAACUCACCUAAGUUCCUUGCUCGUUUCCGCGCGCUUUGCCAAUUAAAGAUCAUUUUUUGCAGCAUAUUAACCAUAUUAGUUUAGUAAAGAUGCGCAACACAAGGAACCCAAGAGCAGUUUUUUGGGCUUAUGUGUUUUUCUGAUGAUAUUAUAAAUGUACAAGGCUGAAAAAACUAGUAAGCGGUGGGUAAAAUCAUGGGCUCACCUGCUUUCGAAAAAAUGUCCAAUUCAGCUACUAUCAAUCUAUAAACCAAUGCCUAAGUUUUGUUUAGUGUAUAUAAAACUUUUGUAAUGUUCCACAUCGUCAGGAAAUAAUUUGUGCCAUAAAGUUGAAAAAGAAAUGAAUUUUUUUUUUCUGAUAGAGAUGAUGACAUUCCUAUGUGAACGCGUUGCAUUUAGAAGCCAGUCCUCAAUCCCCAAUAAGCGCUAUUCCCGUAGUCAAAUCAAAUGCUAUGAGCCAACCAGGCGUGGUAAUUCUGAGCCGACAAUAUUGGUUUAGAGAAUUGAGUAGAAACUUGCAUAGCAAGGUAUAAUGUUGGUUUAUUACUGUUAUUUAAAAAGCACUUCAACACAAAAACCCAAAGAACAACUUUUAAUGAGGUUGCGCAUCCUGUGGUUUUUCAGUGAUCUGUAAUUCCAUUUUUCAUAUAAAGACUUCAAUAAAAAUCUUUAAC